CCUAGUUUGGGCAUGCAGCUGCGCACCAGACAUGUCCGUUCCAUGACCCAGUCCCAGCACGAUCCAUGUCAUGCCUUUGCCGUUUGCAAUCUUCGUCGUCAGAAUCAGAAGCAAACCCCCGAGCAAGCUACCGUCACUGUGUACACCAGAAGAAGCACCAGCAAGGCAACUGCGAGCGAGCUGCGUUACGUGCCCAGCAACAUGUCCCAGCACGGCGGCCUCGGGGACACGGCCCGGCGGUGGCGCGAGCUCCACGGCGGCGACAACAGCUGGACGGGGCUGCUGGACCCGCUGGACCUCGACCUGCGCCGCACCGUGCUCCGCUACGGCGAGAUGGCGCAGGCCACCUACGACGCCUUCAACUGCGAGCGCGCGUCGCCGCACGCGGGGCUCUCCCGCUUCGCCAGGGCGCGCUUCUUCGACCGGGCGCGGCUGCCGGCGCACGCCGCCGCGUACCGGGUCACCAGGUUCCUGUACGCCACGUCGUCGGUAGCCGUGCCGGCCGCCUUCAUGCUCUGGUCCGUGGCCGGGUCGCGCCGGCGGUGCAGGGAGUCUAACUGGAUCGGCUACGUCGCGGCGGCCACCGACGAGGGGAAAGCCGCGCUCGGGCGCCGCGACAUCGUCGUCGCGUGGCGCGGCACCGUGGAGGCGCUGGAGUGGGCCGACGCCCGACGACCUCGAGUUCCCCAUGGUGCCGACGGAAGGCCGCCUCGGGGACGGCGACGCCUGCGACGCCAUGGUGCACCGCGGCUGGCUGUCCAUGUACACCUCCGCCGACCCCGCGUCCAGCCACAACCAGGACAGCGCGCGGGACCAGGCGCUGGGCGAGGUGCGGAGGCUGGUGGACGCGUACAAGGACGAGGAGCUCAGCGUCACCGUGACGGGCCACAGCCUCGGCGCGGCGCUCGCCACGCUCAACGCGUUCGACAUCGCCGCCAACGGCUACAACGUGGCGGCGACGGCGACGGCCGCCUGCCCCGUGACCGCGUUCGCGUUCGCCAGCCCGCGCGUCGGCGGCGCUGGCUUCAGGAAGCGGUUCGACGCUGUCCCGGGGCUGCGGCUCCUCCGCGUCCGCAACGCCCGCGACGUCGUGCCCAAGUACCCGGCCGUGUUCUACCACGACGUCGGCGCGGAGCUCGCGGUCGACACGGGGGAGUCGCCGUACCUGAGGAGCCCCGGGCGCGAGCGGACCUGCCACAACCUCGAGGUGUACCUGCACGGCGUGGCGGGCACGCGAGGCGCGCGCGGAGGGUUCGAGCUCGCCGUGGCGCGUGACGUGGCGCUGGUGAACAAGGCGCACGACGCGCUGCGGGACGACCACGGGGUGCCGCCCGAGUGGUGGGUGCCGCUGAACAGGGGGAUGGUGGAGGGCGCCGACGGGCGCUGGAGCUUGAUGGACUGCGAGGAGGAAGAGGAUGACGAAGCGGAGUAGACGGCGAAGCCCAGUGGAACGAACUCUUGACAGCAUGCAUGCAGGCGGCGGACAUGGAUAGCUUUGUGUGUUUUCUGCAUGAUUAGAUGUGCAAAUGGCUUAUAUAUCAUUUGUGUUAAAAAAAACUAUAUGUCACUUAAGCACCUAAAAAUGAUUUUAGGUC